AUGGAGCUAGAACCGAGCAAAAUUGUGGAUUUUUGCUAUGAGUAUGAAAAUGUGGACGGCAAGCAGGGUAAGCUGGUGUACGCCAUUGAAAUACCGUACAAAGGCAGUGUGACCGAGCUUACCCAUCAGAUUAUAACCAACCGGAUGGAUCCGAUAAUGAAGUUUCUGAAGGCGGAUCGCGGUUUGCUUGGAGUGCUGCAACAGUUUGUCGAGCGUGAAAAUCAAGCCUUCUACGAUGAGCGGGAUGAGCUGCUGCUGGAGAAAUUCCGCACCACCGGAAGUCCCGAGGUGGGUACGCUGGCGCUGGAUAUCGAGAAGUUGUACCGCGAAGAAGUUCUCGAGUACGCCGAUCGGAUCGGUCCGUCGGAUGAGGAAAUUUUCGCGCAAAGCUACCACCAGUUGGUACACUCGUCGCUACUGCCAGAGAUCCUAGGGAAGGAGCGAGAAUACGCGCGGACAAUCGCGAGUCUGAGCACGCAGAUGACACAGCAGAUCACGACGAUGAACACUUUGCACCAGGAGGAGAUCGAAUCGAAGCUCAAGCUACUGGACAUUUCCAUCACGCCGGAAAACAUCAAUCACAUGCUGGCGAAGCAGUACGGCAUGCAAAAUAUGAUUCGCAAACAGUGCGAAUCGGAGCUCGAGUCGACGCGCGGACACCAGAAACACGAGCACCGCAACUGGGUGAUACAGCACGUGGACGAAAGCUUCCUCGGGGAGUCGGAAAGCCCCACGCAGAUCGGCAACCGUUGGUCGAUGAUUUCGACACAAGCGCCUUCGAUGGAAGAAAGUUUCACAAUCCAUCUCGGAUCCCAGUUGAAACAUAUGCACAACAUUCGCAUCCUGAGCACGCGCGUGUCCGAUCUUUGCAGCCCGCUCUACGGCGACAACUCGUUCGGGGGUCCGAAUGUGGCUCUUGGAUUGUACUCUAGCUCACUGUGCGGAAUCGUUGUACUCACGCCAUCCGGAACCAUUAGUCCGGACCGAGAAAUUCGGCGCAACGCCAACAUGUCGACCGAAUUCCACUUCGAUCAGAUCGAUCGACAGAUCGAACGUAUUCAGGAGGAUCUGCGUAACCUCCAGCAUGGUUCGACCGAGGAGGUAAGCGGCGCACAAUCACUGGCCGCUGCGGGCCGGCGUCCAGACCGCAACGUGGUGACGGUGAAACCGGGGGAUGCUUUCAUCACGCGGCACUCGAACCUGUCGCACUCACACGUCAUCUUUCAUCUUAUCUCGGACGAAACAUUCCAAAGCCCGAGCGAAAUCAACUCGCGGCAUCCGGUGAUACUGGGUUUGAGGAAUAUACUGAAAAUCUCAAGCCGCCACGAUAUUACCACCCUCACCAUACCGGCGCUACUGCGCCACGAGAUGUCCGAGGACAUGACGGUGAGUUGGUGCAUUCGGAGGGCAGAAUUGGUGUUUAAGUGCGCCAAAGGGUUCAUGAUUGAAUCGGCCAGCUGGGGCGGUGCUGAACUGAACACACUACAGUUGCUUUUGCCCCACAAUAUGUCCGAGGAAUUGUUUCGCACUCUGGCCGACAUGGUGCCACACGUGUUUCGCGUAGCCAACCCGAAAGUACUCCAAUAACGAAAGCGAUAAUACUAUAAUACUGUUUGCAGUG